UCCACUUCCUUCUAGUGACUCGACUUAAGUGCAGGUCAAGGGUAUAGGGAGGAGAUUUAGGUGGUUUAAAAUCUCACAGUGGAGGAGAUUAAUGGAGGGGGGGGCAGCUGCAGAGGGUGGAGCCUUCCUGAUCCCAGGGCCGAAGGAUGGCGGCCUUCGCCCGCUUGCUGGAGCGUCUCUUCUGGCCAGCUCGCAAAGAACAGGAGGCAAUGGAGGAGGAAGAGGAGGGGCGCACUCCCCAGGGGUCUCAGUUCCUCCUGGACGCGCCGCGAUGCGCCCAGCGGCCGCACGGGGGUGCGGCGGCGUCCUGGGGCCUGCGCUUCGGGGCGAGCGCAGCGCAGGGGUGGCGCGCGCACAUGGAGGACGCUCAUUGCGCUUGGCUCGCGUUACCCGGGCUGCCCCCGGGCUGGGCUUUCUUCGCCGUCCUCGACGGCCAUGGCGGGUCGCGAGCUGCCCUCUUCGGCGCGCGCCACCUGCCGGGCCACGUGCUCGAGGCGCUGGGCCCCGCGCCGGACGAGCCCGAGGGCGUGUGCGAGGCGCUGCGCCGCGCCUUCCUGAGCGCAGACGCACGCCUGCGCGCUCUCUGGCCCCGCGGCCAGCCGGGCGGCUCCACCGCCGUGGCUUUGCUCGUGUCCCCGCGCUUUCUGUACCUGGCGCACUGCGGUGACUCCCGCGCGGUGCUGAGUCGCGCUGGCGCCGUGGCCUUCAGCACGGAGGACCAUAGGCCCCUCCGACCCCGGGAACGCGAGCGCAUCCACGAUGCGGGCGGCACCAUCCGCCGCCGGCGCCUCGAGGGCUCUCUGGCAGUGUCCCGGGCACUGGGCGACUUUGCCUACAAAGAGGCUCCGGGAAGGCCCCCUGAGCUGCAGCUCGUUUCCGCGGAGCCUGAAGUGACCGCCCUGGCACGCCGGGCCGAGGAUGAGUUCAUGCUCCUGGCCUCUGACGGCGUGUGGGACGCGAUGUCUGGCGCUGCCUUGGCGGAACUGGUGGCAUCGCGCCUCUGCUUGGGCCUGGCCCCAGAGCUCCUGUGCGCACAGCUGUUGGACACGUGUCUGUGCAAGGGCAGCCUGGACAACAUGACCUGCAUACUGGUCUGCUUCCCAGGGGCCCCCAGGCCUUGUGAGGAGGCGAUCAGGAAGGAGCAAGCCCUGGACGCAGCCCUGGGCCGUAGGGUCGCUGAGCUGUGUUCCUCUGCCCAGGAGACCCCCAGCCUGAACACGGUGUUCAGGACUCUGGCCUCACAGAACAUCCCCAAUUUACCUCCUGGGGGAGGGAUCUAUUGCAAGGUCUCCGUCAUCGCUGAAGCCUAUUCUCAGCUCUGCCAGGCCUCAGGAGAGCGCUGGGAGAAGGGGCAGAAUGGGGCUGGGAAGCCCACCGGCGUCCAUUCAAGCUCCGCCCUGGACUUGGAGGCCUGA